CACAGAAAAACCGUCCAUCAAACCGCGGGCAGAAAAAAAAAUCUCCCCUCGACCCAAACACGGCAUCGCGCGCGUGAGAUCGAUGGCGCCGCCCGCCGCCGGCGAGUCCGCGGCCGCGGCCGCCGACCAGGAGAGCGCGCGGAGGGACGGGAAGGAUACGGGGAGUGGGACAAGGCGGCGGCCGCGGCCCGAUUGCGCCGGCGCCGGCGCGCGGCUCCUGUCGCUCGGCGUGCAGGCCGCGGUGAUGGCCGCCGCGCUCGCGGUGUUCCUCCUCUUCGCCGCGGCAGCCGCCAUCCUGCUGCUCCACCUCGUCGUCGCGGCGCGGGCAUUCCGGAACCAGCACCGCGGGGGCAGCCGGUACCGCGUCCCGGAGACCUCGCCUUCGUCGCCUCCGCCGUACGCCUCCCGCACCGGGCUCUCCCCCGCGGACCUCCGCCUCCUGCCCUGCUUCGCCGUUUCCUCCUCCUCGUCGUCUCAGCUCUGCGCCGUCUGCCUCGACGUGGCGUGCGCGGGCGAGCGGUGGCGCGCUCUGCCCGCGUGCGGCCACUCGUUCCACGCCGCCUGCGUUGACCGGUGGCUCGCCAGGACGGCCGCCUGCCCCGUCUGCCGCGCCGCCGUAUCCGUAUCUGUGGGCUGAUGACGCGAUCCUUGCCGUGAGUUUGCAGCAAAGGCGCUACCUUCGCGCAGCCGCCGUGGUGGCGACGCAACGCCUGUCGAGGCAUGCGACUCCGUAAGGUUUGGUUCCCGUUAGGUGUUUGGCAAAAUGCCUUGCAUCAUGAUGUGUAUUGUACUAGUUUUAGCUGUGCAUUUUGCAUGGAUCUUUCUGCUGUUGUAACCAAAGAAAUAACGAAAGCAUGCAUAAACGUUCCCCUUUCACAAAAUCUUGCAGUGUUAACUAUGUAGUUUUUCUUACAGUUAGUAGUAUUGUGUAGUUUAUGCCUCUCAUGUUUCUUGCAGUGCAACUUGUGAAUUAUCAUACUCAUACUUGAAGCAUUGGUGUGUGCAAAUGUGGGGAUUUCGAGAUAAAGUAUUGAUUGAUUAAUAUUUUAAUAGUACUAGCUCACAAAAGGAACAAUCUUCUGUGUGAUUCUUCUGUCUUACAGUAAUACCAUGCAGAUGUCAUAAUUCAGGAACUAGAGGUCAAUGAAGUGUAGGAAACUUCUGCUAAGCUAAUUUAGAAAUGGUCUUGGAUGUACUGCUUUUAUUAAACAAAUAGUAGCACCCUGAUGCCAAGAUUUGGAGAUGAAUGAGUUGUUGGAAGCUUCUGCUUUUACUCCAAAAACCAGGUAGCCUGAUUGAUCCAGUCCCUUAUCUGCAUUACUUUUCUCCUCAUCCUUCUGGUAGGUGUUAAGUACGUUUGAGGUUUUCUUUUGAUUUUGGAAACAAAUUUGAUGCAUAGUUCAGCUUAUCCACAGAUUUUUUACGAUAGCUGAAAUUCUAUAUUUCAUCUCUAGCAUAUUUAAACAGAUUACAGAGAGGCACACAAGAUAUAAACAGAGAAAUCUCCUCCCUUAUCCUCCCAAGGUACCUGCUCAGUAUAAGUAGUGUAACCUCAUCCCUGUGUAAGGUUCUUUGAAAUAAGGAUAAUUUCUUCCGCAAAUAUAGCAUUUCCUUUUUUCCCAAUCUGAUAUAGGCUGUUUCUGUUUUCUGUUUCCACAUAAAUUGCAUUCGACGACCACUGAAAAUUGAUGUUUGGUUUUGUUUGAUCUGAAUAUGCCAUUUAUGCAUCUGGUCCUGCUACUAGUAUGGGCACAAUUUAUUGUUGUCAUGUGACCUUCUAACCUGUAUACAUUGAGCAUUUGAGCAGCGUCAUAACUUAUAACACCGGUGCCCCUUUCCAGAAGACUGUUUCAGAAUUUCAGUACUUAAGAUAUCAUCCUGUCUGCAAUAUUUUUCUAGGAUGAAGAUUCCAAGGAUGUAUCCUCUCAUAUGGCAUAACGUGCUUAAUCCUGGUCUUUUUAUAGCUAAUCUCAUAGCAAUAUUUUACCAUAAAUACUAAUGUGUUAUGAAAUAGGAGCAGCUCCCAGGCGAAGCAAUAUGUGCUCCAUGAUCUUGACGAAUCAGGUGUGUACUUGAUUGCGGAGAAAUCAUAAAUGGCAUUUCAGGAGUAUAUUUGUAACAGUGCUACACUGAUCACUGAUGCGACAAGUGUGUUUUAUGAAACAGCUAAUAGAUGAUGCUAUGAGCCUAUGAUUGAUGAUUGCUUAUUUGCUUCCAUUGUCUUGGUUAUCUUAACUAAUACUAGUAGUAGCAUUGCAUCCUUCUCCAUCUUGUCGGAAAGGAAUUGGGAAAUGCCAGUGUGGUUGGAAUUCAUGUUAUUGUAUUGUAAA